AUGCUGACGGGUUUGUCGCAACAGCAUAUUCUCAAUCGAACCUACAACACGACGCCUCAAAAUAAUUCGACACGACCACGGACCGCAAACAAAGAUGGGAGUGCACCAAGAGGAGAUGACAGGCAAUUACCAACAGAGCAUACGCCCACAACAGCGAGUCUGGAGCCGCUCUCGAGAACGGAAACCUUGGAAAGCAUCGCAUCACCGAACAGAGAAUUGAAAAAGGGCGUCAAAGCCGUCUCGUUUCUCAGUCGCUUGAUGGGCGGGAAGAAGAAAGAUGCGCCGGAAAGCGCAAGAGACGAUGAGUCGAUCCUGAGCGAUGGUCGCCCCGAGGGCAAUAAUGCGGAGGUCUUCACCCAGAACUUUGGUUACAACCCAAGACAUCCUCAACCUCCUGCGUACAUCAAAGUCGGCGCGAGGCAUCAACAAAAGCGCGAGUUUGAUCGUGUCUUUCUUGCACAAGAGCUGGAAUGCACUGGGAAGCCAAACUUGCAACGGCGGUCAAGUGCCAACAAGCUCCGUCGAAAGAGCUCAGCACCUGCGAGCGAUGCCAACACGAUCUGGGCGAUGGAGUUCAGCAGAGAUGGCAAGUAUCUCGCCGCGGCGGGAGCCGACAAAGUAGUUCGCGUGUGGGCAGUUUUGUCCAGCAAGGAGGACAGACAACGUCAUGAGCAACAGGAGUAUCGUGAGAGCGAAGACAACGGAGCUGGCGCAAACGGGGAGCACCUCAGCGCGCCUGUCUUCCAGAAGAAACCUAUUCGAGAAUUUGAAGGGCACACGUCGACGAUAUUGGACCUCAGCUGGAGCAAGAACAACUUUCUGCUGUCAUCAUCCAUGGAUAAGACUGUGCGACUGUGGCACGUCAGCAGAGCUGAAUGUCUGUGCACAUUCAAACAUAAAGACUUUGUUCCCUCGAUAGCAUUCCAUCCCAAGGACGAUCGAUUCUUCCUCGCCGGCUCUUUGGACUCGAAGCUGAGGCUAUGGAGUAUACCCGACAAGAGCGUCGCGUUUUCAGCGCAGCUCCCGGACAUGAUCACAGCUGUGGCUUUCACGCCGGACGGCAAGUCUGCCAUGGCAGGUUGUUUAAGUGGACUUUGCAUGUUUUACGAAACCGAAGGUCUGAAAUAUCAGACGCAAGUCCACGUUCGAUCGACACGAGGCAACAACGCCAAAGGCAGCAAAAUCACUGGACUUCAAGCGCAAUACAGCUCCAGUGGCGACCUCAAGGUCCUCAUAACAAGCAACGAUUCUCGAGUACGACUGUACAACUUUCGCGACAAAAGCCUCGAGCUCAAGUUCAGGGGCGGCGAGAACAAUUGCAGUCAGAUCCGAGCCAGUCUGAGUGACGACGGUCGGUAUGUCGUUUGUGGCAGCGAAGACCGUAAAGCAUACAUAUGGUCGCUACAUCAGUCACAUGGCGAAAAACGGGACAAAACGCCUGUAGAGAUGUUUGAAGCUCAUGAUAGUAUCACCACGGUGGUCUGCAUGGCGCCUGCCAAAACGCGGCUGCACCUCAGCCGAUCGGAGGACCCUCUCUACGAUCUUUGCAAUCCGCCGCCGGUCACUCUGCUCACGCCAACCGAAAGCGGUAGCAGUCUACAUCUCGAUCGGACAGAGUCUCGAAAAGAGUCACCGGCGUACAUGUCGCGUUCAGCCCACAAAGCCGGCAACAUCAUAGUUACUGCGGAUUUCAAUGGCAAAAUCAAAGUCUUCCGCCAGGACUGCGCAUGGUCUAAACGGCAACGAGACGAUACUGACCGAUCUUCUCUGUUCUCGAAGCGAGGCAACAGAUCAGGUCGCCCGGGAUCACUAGCAACGAAAGCCUCACAGCCAAGCCUGCGCGAGCCUAGGACAUCUACAUCCACGCAGGCACCUUCAGACCGCAUCUUAACAUGGCGGCAAGGCAUG